CCGGAGCUUGCGCGCUGGGCCGGGAGGGCGGGCGGCGUUGGCACCCGGUCCGAGAACAAGGGACGAGGCCGGGCGGUGCGGCGCGGCGCGGCGGGCCUGGCUGGGCGGGAGCGGCCGGGUCUGCCCGGGUCUGGGGUCGGCCAUGGCGGCGGCGGAGACCAAGAUCAUCUACCACCUGGACGAGCAGGAGACGCCGUACCUGGUGAAGCUGCCGCUGCCGGCCGAGCGGGUCACGCUGGGCGACUUCAAGGCGCUGCUCAACCGGCCCAACUACAAGUUCUACUUCAAGUCCAUGGACGACGAUUUCGGGGUUGUGAAAGAGGAAAUUUCAGACGACAACGCAAGGCUUCCCUGCUUCAAUGGGCGUGUGGUGUCAUGGCUGGUGUCUGCUGAGGGAUCCCAUUCGGACGCCGGGUCCAUCUGUGCCGAGAGUCAGCCGGAAUUGCCAUCCUCCCUAGAGCGAACUGGCGGCAUCGGAGAUUCCAGGCCUCCCUCAUUUCACCCAAAUAGUGGGGGAAGCCGAGAGAACCUGGAUAAUGAGACAGAGACCGACUCCGUGGUGUCGGUCCAGAGGGAACGGCCACGCAGGAAGGAGGGUCCUGAGCACGCCCCCAGGGUGAACGGCAUGACCAAGGGGGACCGGCGGCGGGAACUCGGGGGUUAUGAAAGCUCCUCCACCCUGAUGAGUAGUGAACUGGAGACCACCAGCUUCUUCGAUUCUGAUGAGGAUGAUUCCACCAGCAGGCUCAGCAGCUCUACGGAACAAAGCAGCGCCUCGCGCCUUAUGAGAAGACAUAAACGCCGUCGGCGGAAACAGAAAGUAGCCCGAAUUGAGAGGUCUUCGUCUUUCAGCAGCAUCACCGAUUCCACCAUGUCGCUGAACAUCAUCACCGUGACGCUCAACAUGGAGAAAUACAAUUUCCUAGGCAUCUCCAUUGUUGGGCAAAGCAACGAACGUGGCGACGGAGGUAUCUACAUUGGUUCCAUUAUGAAGGGAGGUGCUGUUGCAGCUGAUGGAAGAAUUGAACCCGGAGACAUGUUGCUGCAGGUGAACGACACCAAUUUUGAGAAUAUGAGUAACGACGAUGCCGUACGAGUGCUGAGGGAAAUUGUGCACAAGCCGGGGCCCAUCACGUUGACGGUCGCCAAGUGCUGGGAUCCGACUCCCAGGGGCUGCUUCUCGUUACCCAGGAUUGCUCCCCAGCGAAUCUGGGCUGGGCCGGACUCUCCGUGCUCCGAUCCGGGCGAGCCUAUCCGACCCAUCGACCCGGCAGCUUGGGUGUCCCACACCGCGGCGAUGACCGGCACCUUCCCUGCCUACGGUAUGAGCCCAUCCAUGAGCACAAUCACUUCCACCAGCUCCUCCAUCACCAGCUCCAUCCCGGAAACGGAACGUCUUGAUGACUUUCACCUCUCCAUCCAUAGCGAUAUGGCCACCAUUGUCAAAGCCAUGGCCUCACCGGAGUCGGGCUUGGAGGUGCGUGACCGCAUGUGGCUGAAGAUCACCAUUCCCAGUGCCUUCAUUGGUUCGGAUGUGGUCGAUUGGCUGUACCAUCAUGUGGAGGGCUUUACGGACCGGCGAGAGUCUCGCAAGUAUGCCAGCAACCUGUUGAAGGCUGGUUAUAUCCGCCACACGGUCAACAAGAUCACCUUCUCGGAGCAGUGCUACUACAUCUUUGGAGACAUCUGUGGAAAUAUGGCCAACCUCUCCUUGCAUGACCACGAUGGAUCGAGUGGGGCCUCCGACCAGGACACGCUGGCCCCGUUACCCCACCCAGGAGCGGCCCCCUGGCCUAUAGCUUUUCCUUACCAGUAUCCCCCUCCACACCCCUACAACCCACAUCCUGGAUUUCCUGAGCCAGGUUACAGCUACGGAGGGGGCAGCGCAGGUAGCCAGCACAGUGAAGGAAGCCGCAGCAGCGGUUCAAACCGCAGUGGUAGCGAGAGAAGGAAGGACCGAGACCCCAAGGCCGGGGAAUCCAAGUCAGGCGGUAGCGGCAGCGAAUCCGACCACACCAGCCGCAGCAGCAUUCGGCGGGAGCGAGCGGCCAGCGAGUGCUCCUUGCCCGCCAGCCAACGGAGCCACCACUCCAUGGCUCACAGCGUGCGCAGCCACCACAGCCAGCAGUCUUACGGCCCUCCCGGCCUCCCACCUCUCUACAGCCCUCCCAUGCUCCUGAUGCCACCACCCCCUUCCACCCUGGGACCACCCGGGGCUCCCCCGGGCCGAGAUCUGGCCUCGGUGCCCCCUGAACUGACCGCCAGUAGACAGUCAUUCCGAAUGGCCAUGGGCAACCCCACCAAGAAUUAUGGGGUCUUUGACUUCCUUUGAGCCGGCCAGCCGUGGCGUGGGGAGAGCCGCGGCACGUGGUGGUGGUUUGGUCCCUCCUGCUGUCCAGGAGGAAGACACAGAGCCCUUUCAGCCUGCUUAGUUGGAAGAUGUCCCUCCUUAUCCAUCAGCUCGGGAGGGAAGCAGGGCUGAGCUCCCAACUGUGUGUCCCUCUUCGCCAGCAGCAGCAGCCUGGUCUCUCCCGCGGGACUCUUGAGAUGGACCUGCUGAAUGGUGGCGACCUCCCCUUCUUCGCUGAAGCUGUGCUCCUCAAAUUGGGAUGAAGGUUUUCCUGGGGAAAUGCUGGAGGCUAAACUUGGUUUUUUGGGAUGCCUGAUGUCUGGAAGACGUCCAGGGGGAGAGGGCCAGGACACUGUCUCCACGCCAAGGCUAGCUUCCUCAAGAUAUCCAGAACGGAAGGACCGUGGCUUUCUUCUGGGAAAAAAAUAUCCUGUAACACCAUUGAGUAAAUGCAAAGGAAACUUAUC